GUACGACGCAGUCAGCCCUAACUGUCGAACACGCCGGCCCAAAGCUCUCCACUCCAUCCUCCGCCAGCUUCAAGCGCAUUCAGCCACGCACUCCACAAGCCUUUAGCGCUUCCUCUUCCAUUCACACUUCUGUUCAUUUCGUUUGCGUGUAAGGGACCUACGCCGAAGUAGAUAGUGUACCGUACUCGCACCCACCGCCUCACCGCCCCGCCAUGGCUGGCUCAUUGCAAGCCGCCUCGAGGGGCGUCGCGCUCCUGCUUGCGCUCGUCCUCGCCGUUGCCAGCAGCGCAGACGCGAGGAUCUUCAAACAGCCCGUCUUCGGCCGCCUGCUGCCGUUCCCAGGAAGACUACGAUGCGUGCUGCGCGCCGAUUUGAGCUCCAACGAGGUGCUGAGCGGGUCUCUAGGGGGUGAUGCGGCCGCCCAUGCCGAUCUAUGGAUCCGCGUGUACUGGUUUCAGAAUCAGAUCAACGCGCACGUGCAUUUCAACGGCCACGAUUUGACCGGCCAGCUCCCCCCCAACAACCAAUCAAUCAACCUUGGCUUUCGCGGCGCGAAUGGCCCCGUCGUGUGGAACAUCGAGGGAUCCUGGACCGUUCAAGAUCCGACCCAGAUCGAGCUGGACCGUUGGAUCAUGGGCGUGCGGAGAACGGUGGUUCCUGGGACGUCGAUGACUUUCAUGCAGAUGAUCCACCGGAUCGACAAGAAUCCCGCCAAGUUCUACGGCACCAUCAGCACCGACAGCUUCCCAGACGGCGCCGUUCGCGGGCAGUUCAUUCGAGGGUUCCCUAACAUGCUCUGGCCCGUCCCGCGGUGCUAGCACUCCGCACGGCAGCACUCCACAGUGCUAGCACUCCACUGUGCUAGCACUCCACAAUGCUAGCACUCCACAAUGCUAGCACUCCACAGUGCUGGCAUUCGGCAAUGCCAACACUCCGCAGCUAGUUCACAGUGCUCACCCUAGCAUCAGCUUUUGCCGGAGCCUUAGGUGGCUAAGGCUUUGCAGAUGACUUGCCUUUUUUAAAGAGAAGCACUCGCAUGAGGCUUGGACUGACCGCUUGUGGCUUGGACUGAAGCUAUGAUGACUCUCCCGAUGCAUAUGCAGACACUAUGUGCUGUGCCGAGGGUCUAGUUUUCUUCCCAGCUCUCAACUAAGGUCCGCUGUAGGCUAGCUUGACUGGAUGCCCGAUUUGUGGCUGUUGCCUUCCCUCGCAAAGCCAAAACUAGCAAGUUAUGUUUAGCAGGCUGUCUCUAGGGAGUUUUACAAAUUGGAUCUUGAUGUUGUAAGCAACCUUUUAUAGUAGUUCACAUAAUGGGCG